ACACUCCUCUACACCUAGCAGCAAUUAAGGGUCACAUAACUAUUACCCAGUUUCUCGCGGUUGAAUACCCCUCAAUGGUGAUGCGCGCCAAUCUCCAAGGGGAUCUUCCUGUAGAGACGGCCAUGCAAUAUGGUCAUGAUGAGGUGGCUGCUUCUCUUAUAAAAAAGAUGAGUCAUUUAAGCGUACAAGAGCUCUUUAGGGCAUCAAAAACGAUAAAAACAAAGAACGAUUUCGUGGAGUUGGUGCGUCAAUUCAAGAUGAAGAAAACCAUUCUCGCCAUACUCGAUGCUAUGAUUGUCCCAAAAUGGCCCUACCCUACCAGCCUUCAUUACCACAAUACAACAGUUGGAGAGUGGCAGGACCUUGAAGACCACCCAACACACAUUGAAGUCUGCUGGGAUCUGCUCGAUGUGGAUAAGAAUGGACGUCCGCCAAGCCAUCCAGAUUACAUCUACUGUCCAAAGUCGCCAUUUUACUACCUCACACGACAGUGCCAGACUUUACAAAAGGAUUUAAUAUUCCAUCCUGUUCUCAGGCUUGUUUCGGAAAGGAAAUGGGAAAAGUAUGCUAGAUUUUGGUUCAGGUAA